CCGGAGCCAUCACCAGCCUUGGUUUCUUCUCAUUGUUCAUACCUCAGCAGAGUAUUGGCCUUUCCCCUCCUCCACCACUCUCCAUCCAUUCGCAGCUUUCAGAUGGCUCAGCAGAAGGUGGUGUUGAGGGUUCCAACCAUGACCGAUGAUAAGAUAAAGCAGAAAGCCAUUGAAGCUGUUGCGGAUAUCUAUGGUAUCGAUUCCAUAGCUGCAGAUUUAAAGGACAAUAAGAUGACCAUCAUUGGUGAAAUGGAUACAGUGGCCAUUGCAAAGAAGUUAAAGAAGAUCGGGAAGAUUGACAUUGUGUCGGUUGGACCUGCAAAAGAAGAGAAGAAGGAAGAAAAGAAAGAGGAGAAGAAAGAAGAGAAGAAGGAAGAGAAGAAAGAGGAGAAGAAAGAGGAAAAGAAAGAAGAGAAGAAAUGAUUAAAUUAUGGAUACACAGAACCAUUGCAUGGUGUCUCUCUUCAAGUGGAAUAGCCAAUAUCUUUGACUUUUGAGUAAUGUUUCAUGUGAAAUUACUCUGUAGUACCAUGAUACUGUAAAGUACAUAUUGAUAAAAGCUAGUAAUAUUUCAUAAAGUUACAAAAA